AUGGGCAAUAAUGACACGGACACCGGCGCAGCAUACGGCACUUGCGACGCGUCAGUCGUGAUUCUACAGCGUUGCGCAGGCAAAAAACGAGAACGGACUCCGCGUUUCAAGUCCGUUUCAUCUGGGGAGGCUUUCACAGAGAACAAUGGUCACAUCGAUGUAGUGGAACACAGCAGCCGACUUUUGGAGUUUUUGCGCCUGCGUCGGCAGCAGCGGUGUGACAAUAGAUCCCUCUUCCACACAGAAGACCCUGAUGGAAGUGAUGAAGUUGUAUCCACUCUGAAGCAGAGUGAAUCGCACUCAGCGCCGCCCAUUUCCUUUUCUUUAGUCGAAUUGCCUAAGGCAGAAAAGAGUGAGACGCAAAGUAAUGGCUUUCGAUGCGGUGGCGAGUCGCUGCUGCAAGAGGGAUCCUCUCUUCUUCGUCCCCAAGCAGCAGUUCGUAGUACGGCCACGCAAACACAGGCGGAAACGCAGUUAGGUUCCUCUGAUUCGAACGAUCAGAUGGCGGUUUCCUCUUUAACAAAAGCUGAUUUGUUGAUGCUUCGGCUGUGCGAGUUGGACGCUCUGCUUCACAUAUUUUUUUCUUGA